AUGCCUCAACGUCACGAUUCCUCCGAAAUGGUGGAUGAUGAUUCAGACAGUAUCUCACUGACAUCUGUUGAUGACGAGGUGUAUGAUCCCGAUACAGAAUUUGUUGUCGAGGACAUUCACUGCGAGCGUGUCGACCCAGCAGAUGGCAUUCUGAAGUAUCUUGUAGAGUGGUCCAACUUCCCACUUGAUGAAUGUACUUGGGAGCCCGAGUCUGAAAUCUCAGAGAUCUUGAAACAGUCAUGGGAAGAGAAAAAGGCUUCGCAGGAUCCUCGCGUGGCUGAGGAAUUCGAGCAGAAGUACGAAGAGGCAUUCAACAGGGUCAUGAAUGAGCGGCGCGAAAUGCAUCGACGAAGGAACGCGAAGCGGAGGAGGCUAGGUCUGGAAGAAACCAAAUUCUGCUUCCGGAGACACAUCUACGCAGAUUCAGACGACGACACUGAAAUCGUGAACGGGGCAAACAACGACUCGUACAGCGAUUCUGGCGCAGCCGCUGAUCCCGAUUCUGAUUCUGAAGAGGCUCAAGAGGAUAGCACGAUCGAUCACAAAGCUGAGAGCGUUGUGCAAACAAGGAAACCUUCAUCUCAAACCAAGACCCAGCCGUCCACUCGGCCCAACAGAAUCUUUUCCGUCGACCCGUCAGCAACUCGAGCAAAGUCAGGUGUGGGGAAUGAAAGGAACCUGUCGCGCCAGAGACCACCGGCCACAACCCCGACGGGCACUUCCAUAUUCCCGCCGAAGGCUAGAUCUAACUCGAGUGCCUCAAGCCGACAGCGCGACCAGCAACCCACUACAGGUUACCAAGGCUCUGCUCGUAGAGCCAGUACUGGAGCCACGCAAGCCAAAUCUGCUCCAAUUCGCGCGGGAUCAUCUGGCAGUGCUUCAGCCAAGCCACCGACGAGCACUUCCACCCUCGCGAAGAAGGGUCUCACUGCUAAGAAGAGUGGGAAAGCGCCAAUCGCUGCAACCAACAUAUUCAUUGGCGGGAAGAAACGACAGCCAAGGCAGGACCUCGCAAGUGCAAUGGUCGAUCCCAACAAAGAUCCAAAGUUCUUCAAGUUGCAUAGGUUUCGGCGUAAGGCCGAGUUAAGGUCUAGAGAUCACGACGAUCAGGCACCAGAUGUCAGCAAAGUGGCGGGUCAACUAUUCAACAUUAAUCAAAUCCCCCCUCCUAGGCAAGCAUCGGCACAGAACACCAAACAGUCUGGGGACGGCGAUGUUGAUGCUGACGGCAUGUCUUUCGACCUGGCCGACGAGGUCCGGACGGCUGGUGUUCGCCGAAGUAGCACCUCAGCCAGCGAACCAAAAUCCGCGCUCUCAAAGAGAAGCUCAUUCGAUUUUGAUCCCGAACGCUCCAAGAAGAGAGCCAAGACCGUCCGUUUUACUGGGGAGGACGGUGACCCUUUCGUGAGCGAACCGGUGGGUAUCGAGGAGCUUCCGGCACCCACAAGUAGAAUACGUUCGCCGCCUCCUCCGCCUGGCUCCCCGUCGCCACCGCCUGAACCAAAGACGAAGGUCUCACUCGCUACAUAUCACUCGAGGAUUGUGCAGAAUGUUGAAAAGAAAAUAAUUCUUGCUACCGGAAAUCGAUCACUCAACGUCACCUUCCACGACAUCCCGAAGGACAAUUCCCGCGAGACGGGCCAGCAAUGGCUGCGGGAAUUCUGUGACGCAGACUGCCUUUACUUCGGACAUACAGUCCUUGCCGAGUCAAUCAUUGCGCAGCUGGGCCAACUACGAGGCCAGGAUCCCUACAGUCGCCACGCGCAUGACAUCCUCUGUCAUGGAAAAAUCACGUCCGUGAAUGGCGAGAGUCUGGAGGUUCUCGCUGAGCAUUUGCGGGUCAGCCACUCUGGACUUUUCAUGUCGCGCGAGAAUUACAAUCUCGUGAUCUACCCAACAAGAUGCGACGGAUUCCAGAUGAGUGCUCUCGGUAUAGAAUCGCCAAAUCCCCCUAGUGUGGCUUUGAAGCACUUCGUCUUCAGGUCAUCGCACAACAUCUUUCGAUUGAUGAGACCACCCUCGGCCGUGCCCUCCGAACUGGCACAGGCUGCCGUCGGAAAGGGACAAAAGGCUGUUUUUCGCAGUCUUCUUGGAAUGCGGUACGGGAAGCUCGUUGCAGGGCCCCGCGAGAAGAAAGAUCACCAUUUCUUCCUCGUGUUCCCCGAUGCUGCGGUCGACUGGUACAGGUCCAUCAGCUGUUGGCUAUACACAUGCAACCCACAUUGCAAGAUUUACACAAGUUUUGAUCCUGGCAGUUGGUCCGCGUUCUUGGAGAAAGCCAACAGUCAGUGUGGCGUUGUUAUGAUACACGAGACAGCUGUGGAUUUUGUGCGGCGGUUUCCGUCCAUUGCUGAAAUCCUGCAGACUGACAAUAACUACAACUUCUGGCGCUUCUCCGCGACUAUGAGUCUGCAGCAAGCACAGUCUUCCGGAGGGUCUGCAACGCGGUUGACUCCGGAUGUCUUCUCGCGAAUUUUCCCCAUGGGCAAAGCCAUACUAGUGACCCCGAGCUUCCUUGUGUGCGAGCCCCAGAAAACAUUACAGUUUUUUGAAUGGUUCUUCGGAAAUCAGACCAUGUAUUCCUCCAACAAGCUCGUGACUGCGUACAACAUCGUCGAUUUCCUCCGAGAUCUGGCGAGCGAGGCAAAUCAACUUCAGGCAAGGUUGAAACAACAACGAUGGAUGUACAUGAGUGAACUGGAAGCCGCUGACGAGAGAAAUGCUCUUGGACUGAGUGAUCAAGAUUUGAUUGCGAGGGGAAAGGCUUGGACUAUGGCCGAAGAUUGGCUGUCUGUCAGCAUGGAGAGAAAUGGUGUCCUUUCCGAGGAGAACCAUGUGAUCUUCGCUGAUAGAUGCAUCGAUCCUAAUGAUGAGCAGAGCCUUGUCAACUGGUUUGGCUGGUGGUCUUUAGUAAAAGUCGAUCAGUACCGCAAGUUCUAUGUCCUUGGUUCCGGCCCGGCGGUCAAGCAGACGAGACAGCCUGGGGCCGAACUACUUUCGAGGGCCCGCCGUUCCGUUCCUGUCCCCGUUUACGAUCGAUCUGUCGUCAAUGACCCGAACGAAGCCUUGCGCGCCGUGUUGAAGGAGGACAAUGGCCCAGCAGAAGGUGCGCCUGGCGGCGAAGAUGGCAAACAGAUCGUUGGGGUGCCAACUGUGUCCUUUCAGAGUCAGACAUUCGCAAACAACGACCGCAACAUUCAAUAUUUUCUACGUGAGAAAGAUGGAGGUGGCUCGGUCAGAAUUUACGGAUUCCCUGUUUCCUGGGCCGACUUUGACAUGGCAGACCACUUUGGAGAUCCUACGAUGGAAUUCACGACGCUCAAGCAAUGGUUUGCCUGGCCUUAUCCUUGGCUUGGAGACUCACGUCAGUCCUUCAAUACGUACAUUGCUUUCUUCUACACAAUCCAAGAAGAUUGGGACCCUAGCAAAUUCCCAAGGGGACUCAAGCCGAAACGGCACCCGUGGCUUGCGAUAUACCGCCCGUGGGAGCCUCAUGUCAAAUGGGAGAAGUACAAGCACGGCAAAAUGGAGCUCAUCUUCUGGGAUGUCCGUGCAGGAAACGAGCUUGAGGCGAAUCACUCGCUUCGGUUAUCCGAUUUGAAUUGGAUGCAGCGAGAAGUAGUCAAGUUCGUACAGGCGCAUGGGGCAGAGAAGAACCCAGGCUCCAGGGUGGACAGAGUGUGGUUGGGUGGUUUCCGAGCUCACCAGCAGCACCUACGCUCUACGCUGCCGGCCGACAUGACGGCAGAGUUCCUCGAGUCCCUGUCCAUAUUGCAGCAACUUAAGUGGAAGUUGCCAUCUUCGGAUGGCUUCAUGCGGCAGAACGGGUGGCGAGAGGUUUCCCUGGCCGAGACGCCGGUAGGGCCAAGGGCGGGAUUGGCCAACGCAAGUGCCUCUAGUCGAGACGGCACAGACGACCAAGACAGCAACGAGUGGGAUGAAGACACCCGUAUCGUGUUCCACCCACCACGCGGCUCCUCGGUCAUUGGGCCCCCGCGAUCGUCCAGGUGCACCAACGAGCUCUUCGAACAGGCGCGGUUGGCGCGGUUGCGCAACGGGAAAAUCACUUCUAUGAGCUUCACCUUCAAGCCGACCAUGGAAUGGUACGCGGAACUUGUGGCUGAGGGCCGUCAGUAUGAGCACAUUUAUGUGGACCGCUGGGAAAAGGUGUUCGACCAGCUGAGGGUUGGCCAGAAAAAGUCGAAGUAG